CUCUCUCUCUCACACACACACUACCACACACAGACACUCCUAUCCACCCCCAUCACCCAUGCACGAAAAUCCGCAGCGGGGACCGCAAGCGGCUCAAGCUUCGUUAAAGCGAGAGUCGGCCUGAGCUCCUCUUGAAAAAACAACAAAACGUUGAAGCAUUUCGGCGUCUUCCCAGUUUCUGUCCAUCCCACGAUCCCAUGACCAAAGCUGCGACUGCAUCUUCGUAACGUGGUUUGCUCUUUAAUGCGUAUGGCCCCUCCUCCCCCUCAUCAUCAUCACCACUCUCAUCUUCUCCUAUUUCUACCGAGUACUACAUUGAGACCUUACACAAGUCCCGGGGUCUAAGCUUUUCUCUACCUGUAUUUGUUUUAUUUUAAGCGGGGGUUGUUGUCUCCAAUUUCUCUCUCCCUGGAAGUAUCGCCACCGCAACAUCACCAUCCAAACAUCCUGAACACAUCACCACCACCAUCAUGUCCGACACAACUCCAUCGUCUUCGGACGAGCGGCUACGCACCGCCGUCAUCGCGAACCAUCUCCCGCCCGGCUACGGCACCAGCUUCGACGGCGUCCGCACCCUGUCCAACGGCGACCUGACGCGCCAGACCUCCAACUCGGCCCCGAACCUCCCCGCGACCAGCAGGCCCAAUAACGAUCACGACGACGACGACGACCACGACGACAAGACCGCCGAGCAACAGGAAGAGGCCUCGUCCCUCCUCCUCCCCGGCGGCGACAUCCACCGCGACCUCUUCAAGAUCUCGGCCCGCGAGCAGGGCGUCAAGCGAGCCCAGACCUUCUCCCACCCGCGCCGCACCGAGUCCGGCCACGAGUCCGACCUGCCGGCCGCCUCGGACAUGCUCAUGCCCCAGGGCUUCCGCCGCCAGUUCGUCAUGCAGAAGCGCGGCUUCACGGCCGCCAACCUGCCCAUCACGCGCAACUUUGUCGAGUUCCUCGACUUCUACGGCUCCUUCGCCGGCGAGGACCUGGCCGACUCGGACGAGGAGGCCAUCGAGACCGACGACGAAGAGGACAACGACGGUGACGACGACGAAGAGUCGCGGCGCCAACGACCCCGUCGUCCCCCGACCGAGACCCGGCCCCUCCUCGGCCGGCGCCGGUCCUCGCGGUUCGCGCGCAAGGCCGGCGACGCCUCCACCACAAAGACCUUCUUCACGACGCUCAAGGCCUUCAUCGGCACGGGCAUCAUGUUCCUGCCCAAGGCCUUCAAGAACGGCGGCAUCCUCUUCUCUUCGCUGACCAUGCUCGUCGUCGCCGCCGUCUCCAUGGCCGCCUUCCACCUGCUCCUCCAGUGCCGCGCCCGCUACGGCGGCGGAUACGGCGACCUCGGCCACGGCAUCUCCGGGCCGCGCCUGCGUUCCCUCAUCCUCGCCUCCAUCACCCUCUCCCAGAUCGGCUUCGUCUGCACCGGCCUCGUCUUCGUCGCCGACAACUGGUUCUCCUUCCUCGAGGCCGUCACUGGCGGCGCCAACCCGCUCGGCUCGACCGCCCUCAUCGCCCUGCAGGCCCUCGUCAUCGUCCCGCUCGCCUUCAUCCGCAACAUCUCCAAGCUGGGGCCCGCCGCCCUGCUGGCCGACGUCUUCAUCGUCGUCGGCGUCGCCUACAUCUGGUGGUACGACAUCGCGGCCCUCGCCACCCGCGGCAUGGACCCCUCCGUCCGCCUCUUCAACCCGAGCUCCUACACCCUCACCAUCGGCGCCUCCAUCUUCACCUUUGAGGGCAUCGGCCUCAUCAUCCCCAUCCAGGCCAGCAUGAAGAAGCCCGAGCAUUUUGAGCCGCUGCUGGCCGGCGUCAUGCUGCUCAUCACCUGCGUCUUCACCUCCGUCGGCGCCCUCUGCUACGCCACCUUUGGCGACCGCACAAAGAUCGAAAUCAUCGACAACUACCCGCAGGAUAGCCGCCUCGUCAACGCCGUCCAGUUCAUGUACGCCCUCGCCGUCCUCGUCGGCAACCCCGUCCAGCUGUUCCCGGCCAUGCGCAUCCUCGAGGGCAAGAUCUUUGGCCACCGCUCCGGGAAGAAGGACCUGUUGACCAAGUGGAAGAAGAACGCCUUCCGCACGGCCCUCGUCGCCGUGUGCAUCGGCGUGUCCAUUGCCGGCUCGGCCAACCUCGACCGCUUCGUCGCCCUCAUCGGAUCGUUUGCCUGCGUGCCUUUGGUGUACAUCUACCCGCCAUACCUCCAUUACAAGGGCAUCGCCGAGACGAAAAAGCAGAAGAUUUUUGAUAUAGCCCUCAUGGCCCUCGGCUUCGUGGGCAUGGUAUAUACAACGGGCAUCACGCUGGCGACCAGCUUCCUGUAGACUCGUAGAGUAGAUCGAUACUUGGUACACAGAGACAGAAGGAGUCUAGAUGUAGUAUAGGUAUAUGGUUGUAACUGAAAGACUAAAAAAACAAUGUAAAUGCUCUUGUUCAUGAUGAUUGGAGUAUCCAUCACCCAGGUGACGGACGCAUGGCCAGAGUAGUAACAGUGCAACGUGUGAGCGUAGUAGAGCGAGCUAUUUAUUCCAUGACCAUCUAUCUGUAGGUGUCCCAUCUCUCU